AUGGGCACCACCGUGGCCACAAACGCGCUGCUCGAGCGCAAGGGGGAGCGCAGCGCCCUGCUGGUUUCUAAGGGCUUCCCGGACCUCCUGCACAUCGGCAACCAGUCCCGCCCUGACAUAUUCGAUCUGCGCAUCAGGUGCCCAGACAAUCUGUAUGAGACCGUGGUCGAGGUUGAUGAGGAGGUAUGCCUGCCGCUGACAGACGAGCCCGGGCCCCGCAACGGCGCUGACGCGGCAGAAAACGCAAAGCGCUACCCCCCUGGCGGCCCCGUCGUGCGCGGCGUCACCGGCGAGGCGGUCUGCGUCCGGCAAGCGCCAGACCUGUCGGCCCUGCGCGCUGAGCUGGCGCGCGUGGCGGAGUCCGGGAUCAGCAGCGUGGCGGUCGUUCUGAAGCACGCGGCGAUCUUCCCGGACCAUGAGGUAGCUGUCGGGAAGCUGGCGCGGGGGAUGGGGUUCAAGCAGGUGUCCCUGUCUCAUGAGGUCAUGCCGAUGGUAAAGAUGGUGCCCCGGGGAUUCACCGCCGCCGCCGACGCAUACCUCACGCCCCAUAUCCUCAAGUGCGUGGGCUCCCUUGCCCUGCGGGCCCCGCGCGCGCCUCCCACUCUGGCAGUCCCGCAGUCCCUGGAGUGCUGA